AUGGCUUCUAAGUGUCUCUUGUCGCGAUAUAGAUUUAAAACUGUCCGCAAGUUCAAGGAUUUUGUGAUACCUUCAGAGAACUUGAGUGUAUCAUGUUGCGAGACGUUUCGAUCUUAUGCAACUCUCUCUGAAAAACAGAAGGAAAAGAUUGCCUCAGGACCAGACUUUGAGGAUUUUGUAACAGGAAAUGUUGACGCUUCACACCAGCUAUCUUCAAAUAUAAAAAGAAAGAAAGGAGAGAGACUGCGUCUUCCUCCCUGGCUGAAGACAAAGAUACCCAUAGGGAAAAACUACCAUGGAUUGAAGGAAGACCUCAGGGAACUCAAGCUCCACACAGUAUGCGAGGAGGCCAAAUGUCCUAACAUUGGAGAGUGCUGGGGAGGAGGGGAGAGUGGUACUGCAACAGCCACAAUAAUGGUGUUGGGAGACACAUGUACCAGGGGAUGUCGCUUCUGCUCAGUGAAGACCGCAAGGAACCCGCCUCCCCCAGAUCCAGAGGAGCCACGUAACACUGCUAAGGCAAUCACCUCUUGGGGACUGGACUAUGUUGUACUCACCUCUGUAGACAGAGAUGAUUUGCCAGAUGGUGGCGCUGCACAUUUCGCCCAAACAGUACGAGAAAUUAAGAAAAAUAAAGAUAUGUUGGUGGAAUGUCUGACGCCUGACUUCCGUGGUGAUUUGAACUGUGUGGAAAUUGUAGCCGACUCAGGCCUUGAUGUCUAUGCACACAACGUUGAAACUGUGGCAGAAUUGCAAUGGUUGGUGCGAGACCCACGAGCGAAUUACAAACAGUCACUCAAGGUUCUUGAACAUGUGAAGACAUUCAAACCAGAUAUGGUCACGAAAACAUCCAUCAUGUUGGGCCUUGGAGAGACAGAUGAUCAGAUCAUGAGUGUGCUAGAAGAUCUUAGAAAGAUAGAUGUUGAUUGCUUGACACUGGGUCAAUAUAUGCAGCCAACAAAGAGACAUUUAAAGGUCAAAGAGUAUGUUCAUCCUGACAAGUUCAAAUACUGGGAGGAGAUUGGAGGUCAGCUUGGCUUUGCCUACACAGCCAGUGGACCACUGGUCAGAUCAUCCUACAAGGCUGGGGAGUUUUUUCUAAAAAACAUUUUGAAGUCCAGAAAGGAAGCUGCAUUAGCAACAUGAAGUUUCUAACAAGACCUUUUCGAGGAAAAUCCUAAAGUCAUGUGACCAUGAUGUGAUGCACUUCUGUGUAAUAUCUGUGAUGGUCUAUUGUGUUAAUGACAAUAAGUCUGUGAUCUUAUGAUGGACUUUUGUGAUGAAAGAGGAUGGACAUUCCAUUCUCCAAGAAUCUCAGGAUUAUUUGAUCUCCCAACAGAUGUGAUGGAAACCGUGUAUCUUCUUGUAUUCUCCAGUUUAAUGACUGUAACAUGUUGAAGAAAAAUUUACUUUAAGUUAUAUUUAAUUUGUUAAUUUGACAACAGAGAGAUUAAAUGGAAGUUGGUAUUACUCUGAACACACAGAGGAAUGCUUGUUAUCAUGAUGUAACACAGAAACUCGGUCUUACAUUUUGCUGUAAAUCUGAUCAAAUGCUGACAAAAUAAGUCAUGCAUGUCUUGUCUUUACGUAUCUGUAUUUUUCUAAGCUCAAAGAAAAUAUAACAAAUCUGAUUGGAAGAAGUUUUAAUACAUUAGCGAAUCAGAAACUUGAGAAAUAAGGUUCAAAGUAUUGUCAUCAGAUGAACAUAAAAGACAGAAUCUUGAAAAGUCAAUAUAUGUUUUAUUUUAUUUAAGAGUUUUGCAUCAGAAAAUAAAAUCCUUUUUGCAUUCUGA